UGUAGCAUUUCAACAAACAUGCCUGGGGAGUGGGGAGGGUCCUAUUUUAUACCCCAAAAUGGCUAUUGUCGAACAGUUUGUAUCAUAUUUCAAAAAAAAAUAAGUGUACAUAAAACAGGGAAGAAAACCAACAAACAUAACUUUUUGGAAGGGAUCAUACUUUGGUCCAAAAUUGGCUGGAAAAAUCACUGCCAUUUUGUUAUACAGGAAUUGACACCCCAGAUGAUUGAUCCCCGAGUUUCGGGGAGAAUCAAAGAGCUUUACCACCAGGGCGUCCACACAAUCCAAGAAAUGCGGCUGCAUAUCAAUGGGUACAUACACGAGAUAUGUGGAGGCCCACCUGACCCAUGCAACGCCAGAUUUAGAGUGGACUACAGAACCCUUCGCACUCAUAUGGACAUAGCAAGACCAAAGCCCCUGAAUCCAAAAUGUCCAAAAGAUCUGCCAGAUGAUGUCAUUGCAGGAGCCAGUAUUCACACAUACUUGAAUUUUCAUGGAUUCAGCAGAUAUGUUAGUAAUUUCCAAGCCCAUCAGAUAUACGACGCUUUGCAACUUGUCCAUGUGACAAACGAGGAUACGAUACGUAUGAAAAUCAAGAAAGACCACAGAAAAGUGAUAUUAACAAGGAUCAAAUGGUUGAGAAACAAGUUCCUGAAGUCUGCCAAGGCAGAAGCUAUUUCCUUGCAGGAAGAGGGAACCAGACUUGGAUUGGAAAACAAUGAACAAAAAUCAAUUAAAGCUGAGGACCAGACUCAGAAAAAUAUUAGAGCUGGGAGCCAGGCAAUGAAAAAAGUCAGAGUUAAGAAACAAGCAAAGAAAAAUAUUGAAGCUGGGAACCACAUUAAUGUCAAAUUAGAUUCCAAGCAACAGACACAAGAAAUUUUUCAAAUGGAAUAGCAGAAUAGUGAAAAUGUUUACAUGGAAGAUGAUAUCAUAAGUGAUGUUGAAAUGUUUCAUGAUGAUACGUAUGAAGAAAUUGCAGAAGUGUUUGAUAGAAGUCUGAAAGCCCUAAAGAUUUUUCUAAACAAAAAUUAUUGAGAAAAAAACUGAAACAUGUUAGAAGUUAUAAUCUAGUUUAUAUGUAAAUUGACAAGAACAAAGAAGCUAAAGACUUUUUGAAAUGUUAUUGUAUAAAAAGAAACAUAUUUUUAUGCCCCCCUUCGAAGAAGAGGGGGUAUAUUGUUUUGCACAUGUCGGUCCGUCCAUAUGUCCGUCCGUCCGUCCACCAGAUGGUUUCCAGAUGAUAACUCAAGAACGCUUAGGCCUAGGAUCAUAAAACUUCAUAGGUACAUUGAUCAUGAUUCCCAGAUGACCCCUAUUGAUUUUGAGGUCACUAGGUCAAGGUCACGGUGACCCGAAAUAGUAAAAUGGUUUCCGGAUGAUAACUCAAGAACGCUUAUGCCUAGGAUCAUUAAACUUCAUAGGUACAUUGAUCAUGACUCGCAGAUGACCCCUAUAGAGUUUCAGGUCACUAGGUCAAAGGUCAAGGUCACGGUGACCUGAAAAAGUAAAAUGGUUUCCGGAUAAUAACUCAAGAACGCUUAUGCCUAGGAUCAUGAAACUUCACUGGUACAUUGACCAUGACUCGCAGAUGACCCCUAUUGAUUUUCAGGUCACUAGGUCAAAGGUCAAGGUCAUGGUGACCCAAAAUAGUAAAAUGGUUUCCGGAUGAUAACUCAAGAACGCUUCUGCCUAGCAUCAUGAAACUUCAUAGGUACAUUGAUCAUGACUCGCAGAUGACCCCUUUUGAUUUUCAGGUCACUAGGUCAAAGGUGACGGUGACCCGAAAUAGUAAAAUGGUUUCUGGAGGAUAACUCAAGAACGCUUAUGCCUAGGAUCAUGAAACUUCAUAGGUACAUUGAUCAUGACUCGAAGAUGACCCCUAUUGAUUUUCAGGUCACUAGGUUCGAGGUCAAGGUCACGGUGACUCAACUUAGAAAAACGGUUUCUGGAUGAUAACUCAAGAACGCUUACUCCUAGGAUCAUUAAACUUCAUAGGUACAUUGUUCAUGACUCGCAGAUUACCCUAUUGACUUUCAGGUCACUAGGUCAACGGUCAAGGUCACGGUGACUUGACACAGUUAAAUGGUUUCCGGAUGAUAUCUCAAAAAUGCUUACGCCUAGGAUCAUGAAACUUUAUAGGUACAUUGAUCAUGACUCGCAGAUGACCCCUAUUGAUUUUCAGGUCAUUAGGUCAAAGGUCAAGGUCACAGUGCCAAAUAACGUAUUUACACAAUGGCUGCCACAACAACUGACAGCCCAUAUGGUGGGCAUGCAUGUUUUACAAACAGACCUCGUUAUACUCAAUAUAAUUUCAUUUUUGUAUCCUAUGAGAUAAUAAGAAAAACUCAAUCUUUAUUAUUUGUUUUUAUAAACUUUUGGCAUAGUGCAUGCCUUUAUCAAUAUUUGGACAAUAUUUCUGACCAACAUUUGUAUGUUUACAAGCAAAUUCGUAGAAUUGAUAUCCCCCGCCAAAAUACUUCUGGACACAAAUAUUUCUGGACGGAUGGACAACUUCAACAUCAUCCUCUUAUCCAUUUAUAUACUCAUACCAAUUUUCAAUAAAAUCUGUCAAAGCACUCUAAGAUAUGGCUCCAGACACACAAGAAAUCAUUUUUUCUAAAUACAAAGGGCCAUAACUCCGUUAUUAUCCGAUGGUGUACAAUGCCAUGAGGCGUGCAUCAUCCUCUGAUCCAUAUAUAUAUACUCAUACCAAGUUUCAAUGAAAUCCACCAAAGCAUUUCCAUGAUAUGGCUCCGGACACAAAAGUGCCGGCCGGCCGGACGGACAGACAACGCCAAAACAAUAUCCCUCCGACUAUGGCGGGGGAUAAUAAAAUAAUAUCAUGUUGAUAUUUUGCAAAGUCAAAUUGUUGGUAAUCAGGUUUGAAUUUAUUUAGCAUUUAAGAGACUGGUACUUUUAUCAGAGUAAUUGAUAAUUAAUAAAUGUCUCCGUAUACCCAUA